GCGUCCACAAUGUCCGCUGUGCUUUCGGAGGCGAAGACUGCCCUGGGCGACCUGCUCUCCGCCAAUGAGCAUAUCCUGGACGAUUUUGACCUGUCUCUAUUACUUCACGAUGCUCUGGACUGGCUGCAAGCCUGCAGGGCUCGGCUUUUCGACACGCCUCAUUUCGAUAUACAGAGGCGCGUCCUAGCGCUCGAUGUUCCAAGUUUUCUCAAGGACUUGCCGUGGCUAGAAUUUCAACGGUGCUACUCUACUUUCGCUGUCUCUGCUCUCCUUCUAUUACUCCUUCUACUUUUCCGGAGACGGCGUCCCGCGCCAGAAUACCCAGACAGCCCUCGCAUUCACGCUCCUCUCGACGCGCUCCUUAGCUUUCUCACACCGACUUCGUCCUCCUGGCCUAGACUCUACCUGUCUGUAGCCCAAGACGGCAUCUCGAGCCCGCCUGCGACACUCGCAAUUCCCCUCUCCUGCCUGCUCGACGACGUAGUCUCUGGCGCGGUCGAGCUGCGAUCCGCUGCCAUAGACCUGCCUCCCUUCAUUUCCGGCACGCUCUCCCGCCAUGGCUGGACAGUUGCUCCCCGCGUGGAGGUUUCCUUGCGUGUGCAUGUUGCGCUCCGGAUCGCGUGUUUACGUCUUGCGUCCUGGAAGCCGUCGACGCAUUGCCAUACAGUCGAUGCAGGUACUCCGUCCGUUAACCCAUCCAGUCUCAGCUAUGACGGCUAUGUUACAUCAGCCUCGCUAGCUGCAAAACGCGACCUUGCGGCGGACCUGACAAUGCUGAGUCUCGAUGCAGUACCUCUGUCAAAGCUCGAGACGUAUGUCCGUACGCUGCAAUUGUCGCUGCCGCUGGGAGCCUCCGCUAUGGUUGGAUUUUCGACUCGCAGUAGCUCAGUACCGUACAUGAGCACGGCGUUCGUGCACGCAUCUAUCCCGUUCUUUGCUCGCAAACACGUUAUGGAAAGACGUACGAAGCCCGCUUCGCAGUCCGAUAAAUCGAUCGCUGGACGGUGUCCGUCGUUGGACAUGGAACCGACGCCGUUGCUAACGUCGCUUGAUCACCACCUUAAACUGCUCACCUCGGGCGCCACACCGCUGUCGGUAGAGUCUGUGCAAAAUGUCUCGGUGGAAUACGCCAGCUAUUUGGACCGAUACGUGCAGGAAUUGACGGAGAUCCCAGCAGUACGAGCUAGGUUUGUUGCUCAGUGGGGGCUGGCUGGCUGGCGCGAAGAGAGGCUAUUGGUGGCUUGGGAGGCUGCGACGUUCAGGGCUGGUCUCAUGUCGCGAUGGGCAGUGUAUAUCACGCGCAGGGCUUGAGGGACUAUCGGUCAUAUUCUAGAUAUCUCUCCGGGGUCGACGAAGGGAAUAUCUCCGUGGCCGAGUGUCCAGGACGCCUAUGAAACUUACUACUGAAUUCGUUGCAAUAAUGGUUAUUGUAUUGCUUGAACAUCAUAGAACACUUCGUUG